UCGUUUUUUUUAAAAAGCUUUCUUUCUACUUUAAUAUAUUUGUCAUAACAAUUUUACAAUACCCAAAAUAUGGGUCAUAGGGCCUACCAGCAGAGUUUCUGAAACCCAAAGUGCUACUCAAUAGGCGGCUAACAAGAAACUAUCUAUUUUACUGUUGUUACCGACGUAUGUGUACACUGAACUUGGGAUGUGCGUCGGCCUCGUGAUCAAAAUACCGUCCAGUGCCAGUUGUUUGGUUGGCCCUGAUGCUGACCUAUGAAUCAUGGACGAUGGACCCCUUUGAAGUUGGGAGAUGCCAUGGGUGGAAGAAACAUAAGUGUUUGAAUGGAACUUGCGUCGAACACUACCUUGAUUGUCAUUCAAAGCAAGGGAAGUGUCCCUACCACCGACCAUAUUGGUGUGAAGAUAUUGACCUCUGUGUCAUCUCAGAUGAAUAUUGCUUAAGACCAUGUCGUUUCAAGCAGAUUUAUUCAGCAUUCACCUAUGUUAUCAGAUGCAAUGGCUUCCCUAGGAAAUGUGCACAAUCGGAAAAUGAAUGUCCCCCGCACUGCCAAUUUCCCCUUCAGCAUUGUCGAGAAGAUGGCCAGUGUGUAGAGAAUAAGAGUUUAUGUGUUCCCUGUUAUAAUCAUGACAUAAAGCGAUGUGUGAGUGAUGCCAAAUGCUAUGCACAAGUGCAGCAGUGUGAUGGAAAACAGGAUUGUCAAGACGGGUCUGAUGAAUUGAACUGCCUAUAUGGGAAGUCAAAGCCUGUGAUAGAACAGUGGAUGAUAGGUGCUGUAGUGUUUAGUGUUUUCAUAAUCUUGAUUAUCGUGGGUGGCUACAUAGGUUACCUGAGGAAAAAAAAUCAACAGAGAAGGAUCAGACGAGUUGCAGAAAGACAACAACAAAAUGUUGAUUCUGCAAAUGGCCGUCGGCCACUCAUGAGGUACCCAAUGCCAGAUCGCCUAACCUCGCAUCUUGGAGAAGAAUCUCAGAUCAACACGGGGACUAUGAGUGUUCCACCCCCGUUUGUAAAUCUCUAUGCUGGACCCACAACACCGCAAGGACCUACUCACAUGAUUAUGGACUUCGGUGACCAGCCCACACUUCCUCCCUGCACAGAUGGUGCUAGGUCUGAGCCCUACUUGCCUGACGGAGACAUUGACAGUGUGAGGGGUGCAUGUACCACCCCUCCACCUUCCUAUUUUGAUGCAGUAAUAAACAAUCCCAAUGCUGCUGACAACGAUGGGCUUCCAACUUACGAGGAAACUGUACAAGCCGACCUUGAGGAGAGAAUCAAGGAACAGGAAUCUGAAUUGUGAAUAGAAAACUUUUGAUGAUUGUCAAGUUGCAUGGUUAUUAUCUUGUGGGGGUUGCCAGCAGGUAGACUGACCUUGUAAGUUUGAACAGCUGCCUCCUGAUACGACGUCAUCCAAUGAGAUAGAAAGAUGAGGAAUCAGAGCAUCAUCUGGAGGGCGUGUCUCCUGUUGGUAGGAUCUACAUGUAUGUUUUUUGUGUAUGUGUACUUAAAAAUUCAUGUUAUGUUGAAGAAUUUCCUAACAGGACAGUUAGGGUGUACAUAUAUAGAUACAUGUAUGUAUCCUCAAAAACAUUUGGCAAAAAGUAAUUUCUUUGUACAUGUAAGGAAGCACGUCAUAUGUUUUUGGUGAUUUCUGUUAGUCCCUGUCUUGCAUGUGAAUCUCUAUCUCAGAGCUACAUGUACAUAUGGUGCUAUUCUCAAAGCUGUUUUGCAAGGUGAGAAUGUAAUUUUGAAAAUACAUAAAAUACAGAGAUCUGUGUCAGAGCAUAUGACCAAAUUUAUAUAAAGUGGCAUGUUGUGAUUUAUGCCUCACGAUUCAGGUGAAAACACAAAUUUUUAUUUCACGUGAAUCAUGACUCCUAUGUUAUUGAAAUGGCAUGCCUCCUAAGUAGAUAGAUUUAUACCAAAAUGUUAGAAGACUGAAAAAAUAUGUUGGAAGACAAAAAAAUAUGUUGGAAGACAAAAAAACAUAUUAGAAGACUAAAAAACAUGUUAGACUAAAAAUGGAGCAAAAUUCUGCAAUGAAGUCCAUGGAACAAAGCGCAUCUAUCAUAGAAGUACAUGUAUAAUAAAUUAAAAGAAAAUGGCUAUAUUUUGGCCCUGUAUGGUCUAGUCUAUGAGAUUUGUGACAACUGUAUGCAUUUCUACUUUUAUACAGGUUGGGAAAGAUUCUGUACAUUUUGCUGGAAGAAAGACUGUUUGUCUUUUAUUGAAGUGUAAUAAUAUUGUUAGUACAUGUAUCUUGUAUAUGAUUAAUAUUCAUUUUAUGUAAUUCUUCUCCUUGCCUUCUGGUUGUGACAUGUUUCUGCUGGUACAAGGUGUCUUUGGUCAAUUGAAAUCUUGGCCCAUUCAAUCGAUCCUGAUUGAUUGAAUAGCACCUCAUUUUCACAUUCAGGUUUACAGUUCUUUGACAUCUGCAACCGCAUAUUUCUUGGGAGUUAUCCCACUUGUUGUUUAUUUUAUAAUUUGCUGAAAAAAUUCCCGGUAAUAAACAUUUUUAU